ACCUACUUGGAGCUUCACUGUUCGCAACUCCCCAUCCAUAACCGAGCAUUCGGUGACUUCGUCAAAGGGGUCGGUCUCAAUAUCCCCGGAUCCUCUCUGGGAUAUGAUUAUCUUCUUAACUUCGGCCCUCUUGUUUUCGUCUGCACUUGUGGCUCGAUUCGUACGGAUCACAGCGGCUCCUGCCACAUCUUCAAACAAAAAGUUCUUCAUAACACCCGAUCUUCGAAGAGUUUCAUCUGGAGAAGAAAUGAUGAUAUUCUUAUAUCUGAGGGUCAAGGAUGAUCCUCCUCCUACACCUCGACUCCUGGUAGAACUCGCCGAGCUACCUGCUGUCAUUCCUAAGGACUGUGAUGCCAUUCGUGGUGAAGAUGGCACCGUCGAACUCUCGUUCGACAAGUGGUCAGGGCGUAAUAUAUCCUUCACCUCCACCAUAUCCUCUCUAUCUCCCAAAACCUUCAAAAUGGUCUUAUCUAGCGUUCUUGGAUUCCCUCGCAUUGGAGCCAAUCGUGAGGUCAAAAAGGCCGUCGAGGCCUACUGGGGCGGAAAAAUUAGUGCCGAUGACUUGCAAAGGACAGCAGCUGAGACCAGGAAGACCAACUGGACGACCAUCAAAGACCAGGGUGUUGAUAUCAUCCCAAGCGGCGAGUUCACUCUCUAUGAUCACGUCCUCGACCACUCGACUGCUUUCAACGCCAUUCCCCCUCGUUAUCAAGGCCUUGAUCUCUCUGACCUCGAUGUUUUCUUCGCGAUGGGUCGUGGUCGCCAGGCCGAUGGUGUCGACGUGCCAGCUGCUGAGAUGAAGAAAUGGUUCGACUCGAACUACCACUAUGUCGUGCCAGAGCUGUCGGACAACACCGAGUUCAAAUUGAACUACAACAAGGCCCUCAACGAGUACAAGGAGGCCAAGGCGUGCGGUAUCACUACCCGACCCGUCGUUCUUGGUCCUCUUGCCUUUCUCAUCCUCGGUAAGGCCGGUAGGGAUGCCAGCCCCGACUUCAAGCCCAUCUCGCUUCUUCCCAAACUUCUUCCGAUCUACAAGAAGCUCCUCUCGGAACUCAAGGCCGAGGGUGUUGAAUGGGUCCAACUUGAUGAGCCUAACCUCGUCAUGGACGUUGCUGAGCA